GUGCAACUUUUUAAAAUGUUCCCGGGAAACUUCAACCCGCUUGCGUUCCGCGCGGCUUACGGAGUUCCUGUUUUUCAUGGUUUUAAAUGGAAGAACUAUCAAGAUGAGGAUUCUCGAUGUAAUCUAAUAUGUGUCUGCGUUGGUUGUAUCCUCCUGACUGUCAUGGAGUUCCACAUCAAACAUACCUGGGACAGCUUACGUGUGGAUCACAAGCCGGUAAAGAUUCGUUUCUCACCCGGUGAGGAUGGUUUGCUAAUGCAGGUUAAUGCUCCUUUCUUUAAUGACCCCCCUGCACCAGCCGGACCACCUGGAGAGCCGUUCCCUGGUCUCUGGGACUAUGAGGUGGUGGAGACAUUCUUCCUGAACAGUGACACUGAGCAGUAUCUGGAGGUGGAAGUCUGUCCUCAUGGACAACAUCUUAUUCUGCUACUGAAUGGAAAACAUAAUGCGUUUAUGCAACAAAUCCCUCUAUCAUUCAAAGCCAAUACAAAGAACAAAAUAUGGAAGGGAGAAGCACUUCUACCUUGGAGGUAUUUCCCUCAGGGCAUUAAUAAGAUGAAUUCCUAUGCCAUCCAUGGUUCUGGAGCUGGAAGGACCUAUGAGGCUCUGUAUCCUGUUCCUAGAGAAGACCUAGUAGAAGGACAGGGACCAGACUUUCAUCGACUCGAGUAUUUUCAAGACUUCACUCUGCAAAGCAUCAUGGGAGAAGACUGGGUUCAGCCAGAAUCUGACCUGUGGGAUUUGGCAAGCAAAUGACCAGCUGAAAAUCACAAAUGAAGUUAGAACUGUCCUCUAACCAGCUUUUUAAUGCAGUAAUUACUCGCAAUUUGCUUCCAUUGCUAUGUUAGAGCACAAACUCCACUGCAGUCUAAUCAAAGUUAAUGAUGUGGCUUGUUUUAAUGUGGGUGUAAUAGCAAUAUAAUGGCCUUUAUUAUCACAAUUUAAUAAAUCUCCUCUCAGUAAUGCGGCACUAAUCUCAGCAGUAAGUACUCCAUCCAGCACCAAAUAUUUAUGUAGCAAAUGGGAAUUGUUCAUUUUAUAUAGGAUACCAAAAUGAAAUAACCAUUUCAUAAUGGAAAUGGUAAAUGUAGAAAUCGAAGAUUUAAUAAACAAACGAUAACAUUUAA